CCUCUUCCGGCUUGUGGUGAAACAUGGCGCAGGGACAGCGCAAGUUCCAGGCACAGAAACCUAAAAGCAAGGCGGCAGCUGCGGCGGAGCGGAGCCGAGGGCCGAGGAAAGGCGGUCGAGUCAUCGCUCCCAAGAAGGCGCGCGUCGUGCAGCAGCAAAAGCUGAAGAAGAGCCUGGAAGUGGGGAUCCGGAAGAAGAUUGAGCAUGACGUGGUGAUGAAGGCUAACUCCAGCCUGCCUAAGAAGCUCGCACUGCUCAAGGGGGCGUCAAAGAAGACAGGGGCCACUGCCCCCAGCAAGACACCAUCCUAAAGACCCUGGGACUUGGCAGGUGACCCCACAGGCUGGCCAGACUUGAAGAGGACCCUGCUCCAGUCAGUCCUGAUGACACCUGGGACAGCAAUUGGCAGGUGACCAUAAAGCCUGAAGCCAGCUCCCUGGGUACUAAAGAGGCAAUCGGCUUCCUGUGGGCUCAGGGCCUGUCUGUACUGGGGUGACACAUUGUGAUGAACCUGGCUCUGUUAUCCCUCCAGCCCUCAAGCAGUCUGAUGGGAAGCUGUUUAGGGGCUAGGUGAGCCUCACUGGUCUCCAUAAGAAACUUCUCCUAUCUACGCAGUGCCCUUGACAGCCACAGACCCGAGAAAUGGCAGUGACAUCUGUACCUGAAGCUGGCAGCUGGGGAUAGUUUCUUCCCUGGGUCCUGGGUUGCCCCAGCCCCCCCAGGUCACCCCCUGCAGUCAUCUAGUGUUAGUUGUCUUAUACAUGAAGAAGGGUUCCAUAUCUUCAGUGAGGUACCACCUCACCCCGUCAGACUAGUGAUCCAGAGCCACUUGGGGACGCUCCAGUGUAACCCAAUAAAGCUGUGCUCACAGAGGCCA